ACUGGUACAGAUACUAUGGUUAAAGCUGGAGUUAGUACUAACAUCAGUACCAAGCACCAAUGUAUUACUGCUAUGAAAGAAUAUGAAAGCAAGUCACUAGAGGAACUUCGUUUAGAGGAUUAUCAGGCUAACCGGAAAGGCCCGCAGAACCAGGUGGGAGCAGGUACCACGACUGGUUUGUUUGGGUCUUCUCCGGCCACUUCCAGUGCGACAGGACUCUUCAGCUCCUCCACCACCAAUUCAGGCUUUGCAUAUGGUCAGAACAAAACAGGCUUUGGAACUAGUACAACUGGAUUUGGGACAAAUCCAGGUGGUCUUUUUGGCCAGCAGAAUCAACAAACAACCAGCCUCUUCAGCAAACCAUUUGCCCAGCCCAUAACCACCCAGAACACUGGCUUUUCCUUUGGUAACACCAGCACGCUAGGACAGCCAAGCACCAACACCAUGGGUUUAUUUGGAGUAACCCAAGCCUCGCAGCCAGGAGGUCUUUUUGGGACAGCUACGAACACCAGUACUGGGACAGCAUUUGGAACAGGAACAGGUCUCUUUGGGCAGACCAAUACUGGAUUUGGUGCUGUUACUUCGACCCUGUUUGGCAAUAACAAGCUUACUACAUUUGGAACCAGCACAACCAGUGCUCCUUCAUUUGGUACAACCAGUGGCGGGCUCUUUGGUAACAAACCAACCCUGACUUUAGGAACCAAUACAAACACUUCCAAUUUUGGUUUUGGCACAAAUACCAGUGGAAAUAGUAUUUUUGGAAGUAAACCAGGACCUGGGACUCUGGGAACUGGGCUUGGUGCAGGAUUUGGAACAGCUCUUGGUGCUGGACAGGCAUCUUUGUUUGGGAACAACCAACCUAAGAUCGGAGGGCCUCUUGGUACAGGAGCCUUUGGGGCCCCUGGAUUUAAUACCACGACAGCCACUUUGGGCUUUGGAGCCCCCCAGGCCCCAGUAGCUUUGACAGAUCCAAAUGCCUCUGCUGCCCAGCAGGCUGUUCUCCAACAGCACAUCAACAGUCUAACAUACUCACCUUUUGGAGACUCUCCUCUCUUUCGGAAUCCCAUGUCAGACCCUAAGAAGAAAGAGGAGAGAUUGAAACCAACAAAUCCAGCAGCCCAGAAGGCUCUCACUACACCUACUCAUUAUAAACUGACACCUCGCCCUGCCACUAGAGUUCGACCAAAGGCUUUACAAACAACAGGCACAGCCAAGUCAAAUCUCUUUGAUGGGCUGGAUGACGAUGAACCAUCCUUAGCCAACGGAGCAUUUAUGCCCAAGAAGAGCAUUAAGAAGUUGGUUUUGAAAAACCUUAGCAAUAGCAAUCUCUUCUCUCCUGUUAACCGUGAUUCAGAAGAUCUAGCUUCACCAUCUGAUUAUCCAGAAAAUGGAGAGAGAUUCAGUUUCCUCAGCAAACCUGUUGAUGAGAAUCAUCAGCAGGAUGGAGAUGAUGAUUCUCUUGUGUCACGGUUUUAUACUAACCCUAUUGCCAAACCCAUCCCUCAAACCCCAGAGAGUGCUGGAAAUAAACACAACAGCAGCAGCAGUGUGGAUGAUACCAUUGUUGCUUUAAACAUGCGUGCUGCCUUGCGAAAUGGACUGGAAGGAAGCAGUGAAGAGACCUCUUUUCAUGAGGAGUCACUGCAGGAUGACCGAGAAGAAAUAGAAAAUAAUACUUACCAUAUGCAUCCAGCAGGCAUUGUUCUCACUAAGGUUGGUUACUAUACUAUUCCAUCUAUGGAUGACCUUGCUAAAAUUACCAAUGAAAAAGGAGAGUGUAUUGUCUCUGACUUCACUAUUGGUCGUAAAGGUUAUGGUUCAAUCUAUUUUGAAGGAGAGGUGAAUUUGACAAAUCUAAAUUUGGAUGACAUUGUACACAUCCGAAGGAAAGAAGUUAUUGUCUAUUUAGAUGAUAACAAAAAACCACCUGUGGGCGAAGGGCUAAAUAGGAAGGCUGAAGUUACAUUGGACGGAGUUUGGCCAACAGAUAAAACGUCUCGUUGUUUAAUAAAGAGCCCCGAUCGACUUGCUGAUAUCAACUAUGAGGGAAGAUUAGAAGCAGUUUCGAGGAAACAGGGUGCUCAGUUCAAAGAGUACCGUCCUGAAACGGGUUCUUGGGUGUUUAAGGUAUCUCAUUUUUCUAAGUAUGGCCUUCAAGAUUCUGAUGAAGAAGAGGAGGAACGACCAUCCAAAACUAGUACGAAAAAGUUGAAGACUGCACCUUUGCCUCCAGCAGGCCAAGCCUCCCUAUUUCAGAUGGCUCUUAAUGGCAAACCAGCACCUCCACCCCAGAGCCAGAGCCCAGAGGUGGAGCAGUUAGGGAGGGUUGUGGAACUGGACAGUGACAUGGUAGAUAUCACCCAGGAGCCAAUUUUGGAUUCCAUGUUAGAAGAGAGCGUGCCUGAGGAUCAGGAACCUGUGUCUGCUUCAACACACAUUGCAUCUUCAUUGGGAAUUAAUCCACAUGUCUUACAGAUCAUGAAAGCAUCAUUGCUUGCUGAUGAAGAAGAUGUAGAUAUGGUUCUGGAUCAACGCUUCAGUCGCCUUCCUUCUAAAGUAGAUACUUCUCAAGAAAUCUGUUCUCCCAGACUCCCCAUUUCAGCAGCCCACUCAUCAAAAUCCCGUUCAUUAGUUGGUGGGUUACUACAAUCAAAAUUUACAAGUGGAGCUUUUUUUUCACCAAGUGCCUCUGUGCAAGAAUGUCGCACUCCCAGAGCAUCAUCUUUGAUGAAUAUCCCAUCCACAUCCUCUUGGCCUGUCCCUCCACCCCUUACCUCUGUGUUUACAGUGCCCAGCCCAGCCCCUGAGGUUCAGUUGAAAACUGUGGGUACACGCAGACAACCAGGCCUAGUCCCUCUUGAAAAGUCUAUCACCUAUGGCAAGGGGAAACUCUUGAUGGACAUGGCCCUAUUUAUGGGACGCUCAUUUCGGGUUGGUUGGGGCCCCAACUGGAUUCUUGCUAAUAGUGGAGAACAGCUGAGUGCCUCUCAUGAACUGGAAAAUCAUCAGAUUACUGAUUCUGUGGAAUAUGGAUUCCUGCCUAAUCCAGUAGCUGUUAAAUCCCUAACUGAGUCCCCAUUCAAAGUUCAUUUGGAAAAACUCAGUUUGAGACAAAAGAAGUUGGAUGAAGACCUGCAAUUAUAUCAGAUACCUCUGGAGCUCAAAUUAAAACACAGCACUGUCCACGUGGAUGAGCUGUGUCCUCUCAUUGUUCCCAAUCCAGGAGUUGCUGUCAUUCAUGAUUAUGCAGAUUGGGUUAAGGAAGUAUCAGGAGAUUUAUUGGAAGCACAAAUUGUGAAGCACUGGAGCCUAACAUGGACAUUAUGUGAAGCUCUAUGGGGCCACCUGAAGGAGCUUGAUAGCCAGCUAGAUGAACCUAGUGAAUAUAUUCAGAUUCUGGAGCGAAGAAGAGCUUUCUCUCGCUGGCUAUCCCAUACUGCCGCACCUCAAAUUGAGGAGGAAGUCUCCUUAACCCGUAAAGACAACCCUGUGGAGGCUGUCUUCAGCUACCUCACGGGCAAGAGGAUCAGUGAGGCCUGCUCUCUGGCCCAGCAGUCAGGUGAUCAUCGUCUUGCCCUUCUUUUAUCCCAGUUGGUGGGUAGCCAGUCGGUCCGGGAGCUGCUUACCAUGCAGCUGGUGGAUUGGCAUCAGCUCCAGGCCGACUGCUUCAUCCAGGACGAGAGACUGCGCAUUUUUGCUCUGUUGGCUGGCAAACCGGUAUGGCAGCUCUCAGAGCAGAAGCAAAUCAAUGUGUGCUCCCAGUUGGACUGGAAACGCUCUCUGGCUGUCCAUCUUUGGUAUUUGCUACCACCAACAGCCUCCAUUUCCAGGGCACUCAGCAUGUAUGAAGAAGCAUUUCAGAAUACCUCUGAGGGUGACAGAUAUGCCUGCUCCCCACUCCCUUCAUACCUGGAGGGCUCUGGCUGUGUGGUAGAGGAGGAGCAAGACUCACAGAGACCACUUCAAGACGUCUGCUUUCACCUUCUAAAACUCUACAGUGACAGACAUUAUGAUCUCAACCAGCUGCUAGAGCCUCGAAGUGUAACAGUGGAUCCGUUGGACUACCGUCUAAGCUGGCACUUGUGGGAGGUGCUUCGGGCUCUUAACUACACCCAUCUCUCAGAGCAGUGUGAGGGUGUGCUGCAGGCCAGUUAUGCUGGCCAACUGGAAAGUGAGGGGCUCUGGGAGUGGGCCAUCUUUGUCCUCCUGCACAUUGACAAUUCAAGCAUGCGUGAGAAGGCUGUUCGAGAGCUGCUUACCCGGCACUGCCAACUAUUGGAGACCCCUGAAUCUUGGGCUAAGGAGACUUUCCUGACCCAGAAGCUUUGUGUGCCUGCCGAAUGGAUUCAUGAGGCCAAAGCAGUGCGAGCACACAUGGAAUCCGACAAGCACCUGGAGGCCCUCUAUUUAUUUAAAGCUGGUCACUGGAACCGCUGCCACAAACUCGUCAUCCGGCACUUAGCUUCUGAUGCCAUCAUUAAUGAGAACUAUGACUACCUGAAGGGGUUCUUGGAAGACCUGGCACCUCCGGAGCGCAGCGGCCUAAUCCAGGACUGGGAAACAUCAGGCCUUGUUUACCUGGAUUAUAUUCAGGUCUUUGAAAUGCUCCACCAUAUACAACAGGUGGAUUGCUCAGGUUAUGAGCUGGAGCGGUUACAUACCAAAGUGACUUCACUGUGCAACCGGAUAGAGCAGAUCCAGUGUUACAAUGCCAAGGAUCGCCUGGCUCAGUCAGACAUGGCCAAACGUGUAGCCAACCUGCUGCGUGUGGUACUGAGCCUUCAGCAUGCCCCGGAUGCAACCUCUGACUCAACACCAGACCCUCAGCGAGUCCCUCUGCGCCUAUUGGCUCCCCACAUUGGCCGGCUCCCAAUGCCUGAGGAUUAUGCCUUGGAAGAACUGCGCAGCCUCACACAGUCCUACCUUCAAGAACUGACUGUUGGGAGCCAGUAAGCCCCAGGCUUCUUCCAUCACACUCACAUGCUCAUUCACACUCACCACACAGAGGUCCCCUGCAUUGAGUUGACCCUAUUUGCCAUCCUCUGGGUUGUCUGUGGAAUCCAUCCUCCCUUCCUGCUGCCCCAAGCAACAUCCUCCAGUUGUUCAGGGCUUUCCUUAAUACAGAACAAAGCAUAAGGGCUUUUGGAACCCCAAAAAGGAGCCAAGUCUCUUUUUACCAUCCUGACAACAUUCUUUUUUAUUUUUAAUGGUCAAUAAAGCACCUUUGGCAGAAUCGCC